AUGCCAGACGCAAAAUCAUGGUACGGCAAAUCUUUUUUUCCCAGAAUAUGGAUGUUGCUUUGCAACUUAUGGCUAAUCGUGGCCGUCGGCGCAUUAGUCAUGAACUUUGUGGUAUGGCUGAUGAUUAUCAUCAAAAAUACCAGGAUUUUCCAAGAUGAACUAGGAACGUAUUUGGGGAAUGACAAAGCUUUGUAUGGUGGUUCACCCGAGUCAGGCUACGUCGACAACACGAACAUACCCAAACAUCUAGGUGGAGUAGUCUUUGCAGCUGUACUAGCUAUAGCAAUGAUGAUCUUCAUCUUGAUCGCCCUUGCCGCUGACGUCUUUAUCAAAACGGAAGUCGCUGUGAAAUUCUUAAGCGCAUUCUUCACCGAUGGAUUAUAUACGACGGAAACUGAUCUUCUCAAAAUUGAAUUCUUUUUUUUGAUUGCAAACGCAUUCUUGAAAUUAUUCAUCGUGGUAGUUACAGGUUCCCAAUCUUAUAUCGGUUUAGAAACUGUUGGUGCACCGGAAAUUGAUACUCCAUUGUUCUGUUUGUACGCAGUUAUGAUUCUCUUGGGUAGUAUACCCAUCACGGUCAUAGCUGAGAUCUUUAUCAUUUCUGACAAACGUCGACCUGCGGCAAAUAAGAAAUAUACUGGUGCAUAA